AUGUCUGGAUCCGAUCGUUUGUACAGCAAGGGCCGCGUCUUGGGUUUCGAACGUGCCAAGCGUACUCAAAACCCCAACGUCUCUCUCAUCCAAGUUGAAGGUGUUCAAACCACCAAGGAUGCUCAAUUCUACCUCGGUAAGCGUGUUGCUUAUGUCUACCGUGCUCAACGUGAGGUCAAUGGCUCCAAGAUCCGUGUCAUCUGGGGUCGUAUUGCCCGUACUCACGGUACCAACGGUGUUGUCAAGGCCCGUUUCCGCAAGAACUUGCCUCCCAAGGUCUUUGGUGCUUCCGUCCGUGUCAUGCUUUACCCUUCCAACAUCUAA